GUCCCACAGAAGGAAAAAAAAGAGAAGCGCGAUCCGGUCAAACGCCUCGACCUCCCUCUUCGCCCUGAUACACGGCGAGCAGAGCUCGGGUAAACGCAGGGCCAGCAAGAUGGCGCUGCCAUACGUGGAUCGUGACCUGGAGCUGCCAGGCAUGCAGCAGGCGGUGGACGCGGCACUCGAGGCUGAGAUGCAAGCCACUCCCUUUGAUGAGGAAGCCUAUGGUGCCCGCGUUCAACAGAUGCUGCGCGUCAUGCCCGAGAGCACUGCCAUGGUACAGGGGGAGAUGGAGCGCAAGGCCAAGGGCGAUAACCUGCCAGGCUUUGCCACGGGCCGCUACAACCUCCCUCCUCCGCCAAAGGCCAAGCAAAACGAUUACAAUGCUUGGCUUGAAGCCGUUCACAAUGCGCGGGCACAACUUCAGCACCAAUGUACCCGGAUUGAGAACUUGGAGUUGAUGACAGAUUUCGGUGGUCAAAAGUGGAUGCGGUACAACGAACAGCUGGAGCAGAUCAAGUCAGACCUGGAAAACGACCUGGCCGCCAUCAAGUCUCGGCUUGAUGAAAUGAACUGGGAGCGACAACAGGAGCAAACAACCGCCGGCCAGGAGCUGUACCAGCUUGAAGUGCAAUGGGGCCAGCUUGUCAUGCAAAACUAUCAACUCGCCGUUGCUUGUGGUCAGCUUGAGGAGCAGUGCAAGUUGCAAGGCAAACCACUGCCCGACAGCGAGUAGAGGGAAAGGGUUGUUUCUUGUGUGUGUGCGCUCUGUUUAUCCUUUUCUGCUCUUUCCUUGUCCCUGGCACCGUGCAACAAGUCCCAUUUCCGAGUUGGCUGGCAGCGGGUCAUACGGACGCGCAACUUGUUUGAUGAUGGGAUGGUUCAGUGGGCUUGGCUCACUGGUGAUUGCACGACAGAUCAAUUGCAGACAUGCCUG